CGCGUUAGCUCUGUAUCGCUAGAGCCGCCAUCCCCUCGCGCCUGCUCGGGGCCGGAAGCGCGUGACGGGGGCUGGCCAUUAGCGGCCGCAGCGGGGGGGGGCGGCCGCCGCCAUGAGCAAAAAGAACCAGGUCUCCUACGUGCGGCCGGCCGAGCCCGCCUUUCUCAGCCGCUUCAAGCGGCAGGUCGGGUAUCGGGAGGGGCCCACGGUGGAAACCAAGAGGGAACAGCUUCCACUUCCAGAUGAUGAUAGUGAGAAUGGUAGUGACAAAGAGGAUGAGAAGCCUCAAGUGGUGACACUGAAAAAGGGGGACUUAACUGCAGAAGAAGCAAUGAAAAUUAAACAGCAAAUCAAAGAGGCCUUAAGAUCAAGUGAAUCAGAUGGUGAACCAGAACCUGCUGAUGGAAAAAUUAUGUUCAGGAAGCCCACUAAACGUUCAUCAGAGAAGUUUUCAGGCCUCAAUGUAAGUUCAAGUAAGAAGAUGAAAGAGGCGAAGACAGCUAAAAGAGAAGCAUCUACACCUCAGAGUGCAGCUAAGCAAAUAAAAAAUAGCAGUCUUCUCUCAUUUGAUGAUGAAGAAAAUGAUGAUUAGGAGUUGUUUGUAUUUAUAUUUUACAUACCGUUUUGGAGAUCAGAGUAAGAUUGAGCAUUUUCUUAGAAAUUGAGGGUUGUUGUCUGAGUCUUACUUUGUUACAGUCCAACUAGAGAAAGUUAGUAUAAACUAGCAAGAGCCAAACUGAGCUCAUUUUUUUUCAUUCCAGAUGGAACUGUAUAAGCAGUAUCUCAUGUCUUUAUUUUUAAAAGAGUUUUUUAAACAUGUAUGUCAAAGUUAUUUGAGAUCACAGAUGAGCAACAAAAUUCACUUGUACAUAUGCAGAGUCAAUACAUUUUCAAUCAGUGCAUUUUGAAAUGUCCUUCUUUACUAAAAUAGCAUUUCUUCUCCAUUUAGUGGCCCUAUUUGAUAGUUGUCUGUUUUUUCCUUGUUAAUAUUGACUUAGCAUCCACAAGAAAUGGACUGCAUUGCUGUGGAGCACAGACUAAAGUCUUUUUGCCUCAUAUCUUAACAAAACUUUGCACUGAAUUUUGCACAUAUGGUUUGGCAGAUUAGCUCUUUUAAGAGCCCUUACAGUAAGUGAGCCUUCAGUUGCUAAAAUCGCAUAAUGUUAAUGCUGUCUUCAGUGAAUGCAGCCCAAAAAGCACCAAGUUUAUUUGAAUUGAUUGUGCUAGUAAGAGGUAAGGAAUCUGAUUCUAGUUGAUUGUAUCAGCUUCUACAAAAGAAAGAUGUCUAAACUUUUGGAGAUCGUACAGUUUGAUCAUCACACUGAUGGGCUCAGUAUUUUUUUAAGUAUAUUUCUUCAAGUCAGAAGUGUAUAUAUACAUGCAUAAUUAUUUGGGAUCUCUAACAGUUUAUUUUAAAACCCAUAUUUUAUCAUUAAGCUGUGGAAAACUGUUUUGGUUUUUGUUACAGUAGGAAAUUCUAAACAGGAAAUCUAAGUCAAGAAAUGUUAUACCUGUGAUAGGAAGCUUUAAAAUUCUUCACUUGACCAUGUACAAUACAUUGAAAUAGACCAUUUCUGUGUGAUUUAUGUAACAGCAUGUACUGAAGCUCAAAAUAACACUGAGAACUGAUGGGACUGGGGAGAACAAAAUGGUGGAAAGAGGACUAGUGACGUUGAAGUGGUUUGAAAGUAUUGUGUUCUGCAAUUGUAUGUAAGCAAGACCUGAGACUGCUGCAGAAUUAUAGGAUAUGAGACUAUGAAAUCAGUUCUUCUGCUGUGUGACAGGAUGUUCAAAAUUAUUCAGGCUGUAAAGCUUCGCUGAGGAGCAAAUCUGAAGUUGCUGUAUGAAACAGCUGUUUUUAGUUUGUUAACCUGGUAUUAAACAAUAAAUUUUGUUUUCUAUUUGUA